UUGAUUAGCUCUGCUGUAAAUACAUUUUAAUUAAUUCUACAAAAGCUUUCGCCUCUCCCAAUCGCGCUCCAAUGGCGACAGUCUACAUCUCCUUCUCCGCUCUCAUCCUCCUCUUCCCGCUCGCUCUCCUCCUCCUCCUCUACUUCCUCGUCCGGCCCCGCCCCGCCCGCGUCCCAAUCAAAAACCGCCACGUCUUCAUCACCGGCGGCUCCAGCGGGAUCGGCCUCGCACUCGCUCACCUCUGCGCCCAACACGGCGCCGACGUCAGCCUCCUUGCUCGCAGCGCCGCCAAGCUCGAGGAAGCCAAGCAAUCAAUCAAACUCGCCACCGGCCGCGACGUCAGAAUCUUCAGCGCCGACGUCAGGGAUUACGACGCCGUCCGCACCGCCGUCGAAGAUGCCGGCCCGAUCGACGUCCUGGUGUGCAAUCAGGGAGUGUUCGUGCCUCAGGAGCUCGCGGAUCAGGAUCUGGAGGAGAUCAAAUUCAUGAUCGAUGUCAAUUUGACUGGAACCUUCCAUCUGAUUAGGGCAGCUUUGCCUGCCAUGAAAAAAAGUCGGGCCGAGAGAGGGCCCGGUUCCAUCGCCAUUAUGUCUUCUCAAGCAGGCCAGGUUGGCAUUUACGGUUACGCGGCUUAUUCAGCCAGUAAGUUUGGCCUCAAGGGUUUGGCGGAAGCAUUGCAACAUGAAGUCAUAGCAGAUAACAUUCACAUCUCCCUCAUCUUCCCUCCCGACACAGAAACUCCUGGUUUUGCAGAAGAGAACAAAAGAAGACCCCAGCUUACGAGCAUAAUAGCAGCAUCCUCUGGUGCAAUGAAAGCCGAAGAAGUUGCCAAGAAAUCUUUGGACGGAAUUCAGUCGGGCACCUUCAUUGUACCCUGCAACUUCGAGGGAUAUCUGCUCUCUAUCGCAACUGCAGGUCUAUCCCCUCAGAGAUCAUAUCUGAUGGCGUUCGUGGAGGUAAUUACUGCCGGUUUAGUGCGCCUUGCAGCCCUAUGUUUCCAGUGGAAUUGGUACAGGAGCAUUGAAAAGUGGCACACAAAGAAGUAACACCUCAUUCCCGAAAUUCGAAAUCAUGUAAUCAGAAUGAUCUUCAUUAACACCCCGAGUAUUGCUUUUUCAUCUAUGUUUAGUAAUAUUAAUUGCACCUUUAUAUCUUCUGAUCUCAAAAGUUCAUUUUCUUAGUUGUAACACCUGUAUUUGCUUUUGUGAUUGUACCGAGACAAGAUUUCUCAAUUCACACGACAGCAUUAAAUUUGUCUGUCA